GUAAGUUAAGCAUGAAUCUCUCUCCCAUUCCAUAGGGAAUGAGCGGGGCAGUCUUUGCUCCCCACGUCCACCUGCACUUCGUUAGCGAGCAGAAUGCUCACAUGCCACCCCACAAGAUCCCCACAAUGACAUAACUCCAUGCAGAGACUGGCGUGACUGGGUUGGGUUUUCCCCCCUUCAGCUCUUGUAUCACUAAGAACCUGGCAGCCAGUUCCGUCCUGACAGAGUUCACAGCAUAUAUUGGUGGAUUCUUGUCCAUAGUGCAUCUGCUUUAAGAAUUAACGAAAGCAGUGUCAAGACAGUAAGGAUUCAAAACAUUUGCCAAAAAUGAACCUCGGCGUGGUUACUCUCCUCUUGGCAAUAGUCGGUGGUGCCAGUGGCCAGUACUAUGAUUACGAUUUUGCUCUAUCGAUUUAUGGGCUAUCAUCCCCAAACUGUGCCCCAGAAUGUAACUGCCCUGAAAGCUACCCAUCAGCCAUGUACUGUGAUGAGCUGAAAUUGAAAAGUGUGCCAAUGGUGCCUCCUGGAAUCAAGUAUCUUUACCUUAGGAAUAACCAGAUCGACCAUAUUGAUGAAAAGGCCUUUGAAAACGUAACUGAUCUGCAGUGGCUCAUUCUGGAUCAUAACCUUCUAGAAAAUUCCAAGAUAAAAGGAAGAAUUUUCUCUAAACUAAAACAACUGAAGAAGCUGCAUAUAAAUUACAACAACCUGACGGAGUCUGUGAGCCCGCUUCCCAAAUCUCUGGUGGACCUGCAGCUUACAAACAACAAGAUCCAGAAGCUUGGCUCCUUCGAUGGACUGGUAAACCUGACUUUUGUUCACCUUCAACACAAUCAACUGAAAGAGGAUACUGUUUCAGCUGCUUUUAAAGGUCUUAAGUCCCUCGAGUACCUUGACUUGAGCUACAAUCAAAUGGCCAAACUGCCUUCUGGUCUCCCAGCAUCUCUUCUGACUCUCUACUUGGACAACAAUAAGAUCAGCAACAUCCCUGAUGAGUAUUUCAAGCGUUUUAAUGGACUGCAGUAUCUGCGUUUAUCUCAUAAUGAACUGGCUGAUAGCGGAGUACCUGGAAAUUCUUUUAAUGUAUCAUCCCUGCUUGAACUGGAUCUCUCUUAUAAUAAGCUGAAAAACAUACCGACUGUCAAUGAGAACCUUGAAAACUAUUACCUGGAGGUCAAUGAACUCGAAAGUAAGUAG